AUGGCUGAUUCCACCACCGACAAGACCACUUCCCCUCUUACUUCAUCUUCUAGUCUUCAUGGCUCCCACCAUGUUCUUUUUCUCAAGCUCACUUCUCGCAACUAUGUAUAUUGGAAGACCCAAGUCUUGCCAUUCCUCAAAGGUCACCGAUAUUAUGGCUAUGUUAACAGCACUGAACCUUGUCCUUCUGACUCUGCUCUUGCUGAGACUUGGAUGGAACAGGAUGCCCCCAUCUUGAGUAUAUUAAUAUCCUCUCUCUCUGAAGAAGCCCUUCCUCUUGCGAUUGGCUGUGAUACAAGCAAAGACCUUUGGGAUGCCCUUCAUAAUGCUUACAGUUCAGCCUCCACCACACGCCUCCUGUCUCUCAAUGUGGUGCUCUAG